AUGACUAAGGAUAUCAAAUUACAGCGUCCUCCUUUAAUCACUUCCGAUCAAACUCGUGGUAGAACCGUUGACUCUGACUCAUCAUCUAACAAUAGAAAAAACACAGAUAAUAGCAGCAAUAGUAGAUCCAGAUCAAGGACAAACUGGAUAAGAAGUGCAUCGACCUCCAAUAUUAUUAAAUUACCAAAAAGUUCUCCAUCAAGGGCUCCACAUAAAAUUUCAGAAAGUCCCAUUAGAAAGGCAAUUAAUCAUUUAACUCAACAAACUUCUCAACCUGCCGCAAAACCACCUUUGCAUGCUUCAAUUAGUGAAUCAUCAAUAAUGUCAUCUAUACCGGAUCCUCUUGAUACUGCGGAUUCUAACAAUAUUGUUGUCGAUGUGUUACCAUCGUUUGAAAUGUAUAAUACUUUACAUCGUCACAUUCCACAAGGGAAUGUUAAUCCUGAUUUACAUGAUUUCCCACCAAAUUAUUUUGAUGUACAGGCGCAAAAUAGAUUCAACUUACAAGCUUCAAAUACAUCGUCAUCGUCAUCGUCUACCGUCACAACGACUACGUUAUCACAACAACAGCGUGAUCAUUUAUUGAACACGCAACCUACUCCUUUACCAAGUACCACUAACAUCAUUAACAACUUGCAUCCAUUGACCACUCAACAUUUAACUAUUGAAUCGACUCGUCAUUCAUAUGAUAACGAUACUACUUCUAUUCAAGAUGAUAUUGAUGAAGAUGAAAAUAUUUUCAUUGACAAAUUAUAUACUUUGCCAAAGAAACAUACACCGAUAGAUAUUGAUAUACGGAUUACAAAACAUCCAUCUAAUCCACCAGAAAAACCAGAAGAGGAAUCAAUAUUAAAAGAAUACACUACUGGUGAUGUUAUCCAUGGUUACUGUGUUGUUGAAAAUAAAUCAACAGAACCUCUUAAGUUUGAAAUGUUUUAUGUUACUUUAGAAGCUUAUAUUUCAUUAAUUGAUAGACAAAAGGGUAAACGUACUGUUAAAAGAUUUUUAAGAAUGGUUGAUUUAUCUGCAAGUUGGUCAUAUGGUAAUAUUUUAACCGGGUCUGGUUUUAGAUUGAUUCCGAACCAAGAAGAUUUUGAUCAUUCCUUUGUUGGUUUACCGAAUAGAAGGAUAUUAGAACCUGGUGUAAAACAUAAAAAAUUCUUUAUGUUCAAAUUUCCUAAACAGUUAUUAGACGUCACUUGUAAACAAGAACAUUUUGCACAUUGUCUGUUACCACCAAGUUUUGGUAUUGAUAAGUAUAGAAACAAUUGUAAAUAUUCUGGUAUUAAAGUAAAUAGUGUCCUUGGAUGUGGUCAUCUUGGUUGUAAAGGUUCUCCAAUUCUAACUUAUGAUUUAGUUGAUGAAAACGUUUCUAUUAAUUAUACUAUUGAUGCUAGAAUUGUCGGUAAGGAUCAAAUGUCAAAACAAUUGAACAUUAUGAAGGAGAAAGAAUAUAAUAUAAGAUAUAUUCCAUUUGGAUUCGAUUCAUCUUUAGUCGGAGAACGUGAUCCAAAUAGCCAACUUAAGGAUUUAAUGAUGUUAGUAGAUGAAAGGUUAGAGGCAAUAAAAACUGUGUUUAAUAGAUUAGAGAAAAAUGAACCUAUUAAGAAUCAAGAUAUCCAUGGUACUGAUUUAAGUGGUACUAUUGAAAAUGAUACUGAGUUAGAUUCUAGUGAAAUCUUACGAAAUAAAUUAAAUCAAUUACACAUCAAGAAUAGAACAAGUCAAUCUUAUCAAUUAUCAUCUCAAGAUUUUGAGAAAAGGACAUUUGAACCAGAGACUGAUAUUAUUGAAUCCGAAUUAAGUUACAAAUUGAAAAGUAAAAGUAAAUCUACGACAAAGAGUCUAUUUUCAAGUUUUAGAUCAUCUACAUCAUUGAGUGGGUUAUCAAGCUCUGGUAGCAACGGUAACCAUAAUAAUUCAACCAGUAGUGGUUCGAGUAACAGUUCUAAAACCAAUAUUAAGACAGAAAGAUUCGGGUUAAUCCUUUUACAAUCCAAAGUGCCUCAUAAGAGUAUUAAAUAUUUAUCACCAUCGCUAUUGAAAAAGACAAAUGUAUUAGAGGCCAAGACUAAACAAGCACAAGAGAAUUGGAAUGCGUUGUCUGACACAAUACCUGCAUCCGAAAGAGACGCGUUAAAACGAUUAGAUUUGACAUUGACAUGUAUUCAGUCCAAUAAUAGUUCACCACACCCACCACCUGAGAUUCAAGCGGUAUCUACUGAACUUAUUGUCAUUACGGGGAAAUCUGAGAAUUCUAUCCCAAUUAAAGUAAAUUCGAGAUUAUUAAUGGAUGAAGAUAAAUUAGAUUCAAUUAGAAAGACUUUUACUUCAUAUUUGAACAAGAUUAAAGAUUAUAAUGAUCAAUUUAUUGAAAAUAAGGAUAAAUUGAAUGAAUUGUACAAUGUGAAUCGCAGUAUUGUAAAUGCACGUGAAUUAAAAUUUACAAAUUUUAUUUCAAGCCAAAUUUAUAACGAUAUUGAAAGUUUAGCUAAUAUCAAAGUUAAGAUUCAAUCAUUAGCCGACAUAUUCAAGAAACAACUUGAUACAUUAAAGGAGGAAGACGAUCCGUCAUUAGAGCUAACCCCGGUGAAUUCAGGAAGUACGACCCCUCAAAGGAAGAAACCUGUUAAAAUUGUUAAUGCUAAAGGUGGAUUAGGUACAUCUGCGACUAUCUCUAGAAAUUCGAUCUCUAAUAGAUUUACCGAUCAAAUUAUCCACCAAUGGGAACAAAAGAGUGAACUUCAAUAUGAAAGAAAAGUCAAUGUGAAUCUUGAAUUUAAUGCUAAUACAUUAGAGACUUUAGUGCCAAGUUUUGAAAGUUGUCUAUGUUGUCGAUUCUAUUGUGUUAGAGUCAAUAUUAAAUUCCAUCAUAUUGGAUCUACAUCUAUUGAUAUUCCAAUCAGUGUCAAGAACUUCUGA